AUGCAUCACUACUCCCAGCAUUCUCUAGUUGACGAGCAUGAAGACGGCAUUCGUAUUCAUGAUUGGGUCGCGCAACAAUAUCCCAUGUCACAGGGCAUCGAGCAAGGGAAACUACAUAAACCUACGUUGGACACUGUAAAUGACGAUGAAGACCGCUUCUUGAAGGACGAGACUGACGUCGAGAGCGACUACUCCCAACUAGAACUACCACCUAUGACCUUCAGAAUAAGUGGGGAUUCUUAUGAAAGCAGUAGCGAGAGUGAAACGCAAAACCUUGGAACCGAAAAGCCAUUACCCUUACCACCGUCCUCCGACUCGUUAGCAUACCAUUCUCCUUCGCCAUCCGUGUCUGCGCCCACAGCAGAACUAUCACGUUCCAGAAAACCUUCUCUAGUCUCCCUGUCUGGAUACCAUCUUCCGUCUUCUGUGCAGGUUAUCGCGUCACCACGUCCUUCACUUGUAUCACUAUCGCGGCAGUCCAGCUUGAACGGUCACUUUCCCCAUCUUGGUGUUCCGCAUUCACGCCAGCCAAGCCUUAAUCGGCAGCCUAGCCUACCUCUUCUAUCACCCAGCUCUUCCAUAACGCUGUCCGAGGAAGAUGACAAAUUAGAGAUCUAUGCAAAAUGUCCUUCGCAAGAAGGUGUCAACAAUACAGUGAUUGCCCACAAGCGAUCACCUUCAAAGGCAAAUUCCCUCUCGCGUGACGAGACAAACAUUCAUAUCCUUUCGAGGUCGGGUUCUGGGUCGUCAGGGUCCUCUUCCUCUCUGAGAAGACUGUCCUCGGUCAGAUCCUGUCAAUCCAUUAUGGGCUCUUUGAAUGACCGGCGUGCUUAUCCGCGACACUCGUCUGCCGGAAAUACAUCGAACAGUGUCCCUUAUCCAGCAACAAGAAGACAUCAUUUACAUUCACCCUCUCUCCCCUCUUUACUGACUUCAACCCCUACUCCCUCCAUGUCAUGUCACAUAACCGACAGCUCACAUGUAACAUCCCCCAGCUUCGAUGAUGGUGAUUCCCAAGUUACCCAUCAGUAUACGCUCGAUUCUUCUCCUGUGUCAACGUCUCUAUCCACCCCACCGCCCACCGCUACGUUUGGUCCUAGCUCUAGCAUUUCGGGAGUUGCAGCUGAAACCACUAACGUGGCAACUCUCAGAAAUCGUGAUGCCGUUUAUAUUGACGCCUUUGACUCAGCGGAAGUCCAACGCAGACUCGCAGAAUUACUGAUAGCAUCGGGCACCGCUUCUGUGGUGGGCGGUGAUGCUCAUUUCUCGGAGCGCAACAAAGGACAGAUCAUCGAAAGCUCAGAUGACUUCGUUCAUUCAGGUCGAGAACCUUGUCAACCUAUGUCAUCUCAAACAGAACUUCCAUCUCAAUCUUUGACAUCACAUAAAGGUUACGUUCUCAAAAGUCCUAAAGAGGAGCAAUCACAUUGGUCCCCUUCGUCCUCCAAUGAGCAUCUCCCACUUUCUCCCACUACAGUAUCAUCCGGCCAGUCCGACACCAUCGCCAAGCUCCCCGCCACAUCGGAUAGUUACAGUUACGGGGUGGGAUUUGGGACUGUACCUCUGAUGGCUAUCGGAAUAAUGGGAGGAGGUGUGCCUUCUAACGCGCGGAACCCCAAGCCUAAGAAAAGGAAAGCCGAUACCGAGAAGAAAAAGAGGAAAAGCUUAAUGGGUGGGAAGGAUAACAGUAAUAGUGGCAAAAGUGACUACAUUGCCGAUAACGCCGAUGGUCGGGUUGACGAUGGGGCUACGACGAAACCCCCUCGUCAACGUUUCGUUAGCCUCAUUGCACGGGCAAUUGGCAGCGGCAAUGGCACCAACAGUACAAACUCCGCGUCUAGUCCUGUCUCGCCAGUGCUCUCACCGACAUCUGCCAAUCCGACAUCUUCUGGCUCUGGCUCUACUCCUCAUCCUGGAAUAACUUUAGGCCUUGAAACCGCUUCGAGCCACCAUGAACCGCUCUCUUCGUCGAGGUCAAGAUCGGACAGCAUGAUCUCUCACCAGGAGAUACCUGUGUCAUCGACGGGCAUUUCCUCAGCUCCGACCCUUUCAAAUAUGCCCUCAGAACUUACCCCCCAUAUCGUACCUUUUACAAGAAUGCGCUCUUCUUCAAACGCAAGCAGAGCGUCCCCUCUGAGGAUAGAGGUUCUGCCAUAUGCCCCUUGCCCCGCUACUGCCGUCACACCUGCCCCCGCAGCUUCCACCCCUACCUCUGCAUCUAGGGGACGAUCCAUUUCUAUCACAGGCGGACUUACAACCCCUCUACCACCCCCUAUUACACCGGGCCGGAUGAGGUCGGAGUCACAAACUUCUGAAAUUUCCAACAUUUCCUGGUCGUCGACCUCUGGUAACGUGUUCACUCCUAUGUCGCCGCCAUCCGCUUCUUUGAGUCUAAUGCCUGACCGCUUCCUUCCGCCAAAAGAUGCUCGAGGUGGUUCCGAGCUCAUCGAAGAGGACGAAAAAAUCUGCGAGAGGUUUGAGGAGGCAAGUGACGAGGAAGCAAGAUCUGAUGUCUCAGACAUGGAGGAUGACGGCGCCUACUACGUCAAGUCCUUCGAGAGGAGCUUUGGGGAUAAAAAUCGCCUGCGGAGUCCAAAAUCCAGGGAGUUCGAGGACAGAGACGACGGAGAUACCACAGAGACGGAGGAGAUGGUUAGGGAUCUAUCACCUAAGUCAACAAAACCCUCUUCAAGGCACUUAUCACGGCCUUCAUCCGGUACUCUGUCAUCAAAACCCAUCCUGCUCCCCAUCUCGCCCCCGCCGUCCAUCGAACCGUCACCCAUUUCCCCUGUUCAAAUGACACAAACUACGACAGAUCUUCUGGACUCAGAUCCUUUCGCGGCGACGUCACUGACCCUUAUCACUGGUAGAAAUACCACCACCCCCACCGUCUACUUCCAAGAUCACCCAUCACCUUUCCUUGUCCCGUCGAUCGAAACGCGUCGUGAUACCUCUUCAAAUUUUCCCUACAUCUCACGUUCAGCGUAUGCCUCCAAGAGCGCGAGUACGCUCCAUAAAGCAGAGUCUACCAACCCACCUACAUCGUCCCCUUACUCAAAAGCAAAGUCACUAAUGAGUCCAGGUGACUUGCCUAAACCCCGGAAGCAAGUCAACAUUCCGGCGUUGUCGAUGGCUAAUUCUAAUACUCAGACUACCACUUCUGGCUCGAAAUCUUCUCCUACAUCUCCUUUGCGUGGUGACCGGUCUCAGUUGUCACCACCCAAUAGUCCCACGUUUCCGAGGAGUAGGACACCCACCAAAAGCGGCUCGAGGAUGUCAGUAGUAUCGGGGAUGAUAUCUCGGUUUACUUUUGGGAACUUGGCCAAUCGUACACGGGAAAUGCCAGCUGCUAUACCUCUUCCUCCACCCACUCCAGGUGAAGGAGUAGAGGCAAAUACUACUUACUUCUCACCGCCUUUACCGACGCCUGUCACUACUCCGACUAUUGAGGCUGCAAAGUUACCGUUACCUUUGGAAAAGCAGCUGACAACGCCUUUCAGUGAACUGGAAGUCGGAGUGGAGCCCGAUGGGGAUGUUGACGAUGGUGACGACAGCAUGUACGAACCUCCAUCUCCCACCACACCUUCGUCGCCGCAUGUAGAUGCGUCCUCAAGGAGGGGUAGUGGAGGUAGUCGGCUCUCGUUGUCGUAUAUUAGGGCCAAGAGGUACUUGCUAGUUGUAAACGGAGCUGGACUUAGUGGUGAACGCCCUUUUGAGUCCGUAAAAGAGUGGUGUAAGAACUUGGGUGAAGUCCGUCGAUGCACUCGAAAACCGAACGGGGACUUGCAUUUGGAGUUCAAGCGUGGUAGCAUUCCCGACGCACUUUGUCGUAACCAAACGAUAAACAUCGAAGGUGCGGGAAGUGUCAACCUCAGCUGGCAUAGAGGAAAGGACAAAACGGCCAAGAGUAGUAAUGUUGCGGCACGGGUUUGA